ACUUGGUGUUGAUUCAAGCAUGGGCAAACACUAGUCUGGAUGCGGUGACCGGGACCGAUCAGAAUUCAAGUACAUAUUGGGGUAGGAUUUCAGAUCACUACGACGCUCACAAAAAACCGUCAUGGCCGGAGCGUGGUUCUAAUGGACUCACUUGUCGUUACAACGUUAUUUCAGCGCUCACAAGCAAGUUCUGUGCAUGUAUUCAACAGAUAUUAAAUAGAAAUUGCAGCGGAAUGACUCUCUCUGAUAAGGUAUGCAUCUAUCUUCUAAUUCGCUUCUAAUAUACCAUGUGUUGUAUGGAAGUGUUAACUCUUCAUUUCCUUUUUCAGGAAAGAGAUGCACACCGCAUGUACAUUGAACUGGAUGAGAAAAAGAAGCCAUUUACAUUAAUGCAUUGCUACAUAGAGUUUGAGAUGUAUCCAAAGUGGCAGACACGUCCGCUUCCUCAGAAGAAACAAAAGAAGACCUCGGAUGCAAGUCCGGGUACAACCUCCAACGAUGAAGACUUCAGCGCAUGCACUGAUGCUCUUGAAGAAGAGCUAAGACCUCCUGGUACGAAGCAUGACAAGAAUGAACGUUUGAGGAAAGGUAAAACUUCUGAAUCCAAUGAUAGUGGUUGCAAGUUAUCAUUAGAAAGUGUGUGGGCACAGAAGAUAGAGAAGGAUGAUAUCAAAGAGGCCACAAAAAUUGCUCGCUACGCGAGAGCUUUUGAAUUGCAAGAGAAGCAGAUUGCAUUGCAAGAGAAGGAGGAUGCACGGAAACAGUUUGAAUUAGAUGAGAAAAUCAUGCUCAUGGACACAUCUCAUAUGAGUGAUGCACAGAAGCAAUUCUACAAGAAUAAACAAGAUGAGAUCAUUGCUCGCUGCCAGAACACAUCUGGUUGACCUUCAUUUGUUGUUCUGUCUAC